GCCCACUCCCUUCUUCUCAUCAUGCUUACCUAAACGAACAAUUCACUGAUUUUCAUUUGUAAAUUCAUUUUUGUGAUCUACACGGUGAUUAGCGGUCUGGGAUAACGGUCCCCCUAUUGUGGAUCCCCUAUUGUGGUCAUAUCUCUGCACGCGUCGAAGUUCCCCUUUUUGCUGCGACCCUUGGGUUGUGCCUCUCCCCCCCCUGCGUGCGCCGUAAGACUCUUCAGUAGCCACAGCGACGCACUUUGGUGUGGACCUCAAAAUAAGGGAAAUAAAAAAAAAAAAGUUAUCCUCUCGUUAAACAUGGGUCCAUGAAGUACAAAUCGUGUGAAGCGAAGUUUCAAACAUUUUUUUUAAUACACAAAAGGGGACGAAAAAUGUGACAUCCAAUCCAAUGUCGUUCCACCGGCUCAUGUUACAUAAACGCGACGUUGCAAUUAGUUCGCUUCACUUGUUCCAUUCAUAAAAAUAAAAAUGGAUGGUGCAGAGGAUGAAGGGGCAACGGAGGAAAGCAUACCCGUCGUGGUUUUGGACCCGGGGUCUUGGAAAGUUUUUUCCAAUUCGAGGGAGGUGAAAUUCGGACUCGAGGCAGUCGAAGAGUACACCCGAGUUAAAUACGAAACAGCCAAAAUGGAAGGCGAGGAAGGAGACGAACUUCUAAAUGUGAAGAUGACGUUUUCUGACCCUCGGCAUCCCUUGAGCGCGAACGACUUCACAGAUUUGUUCGAAGUGUACAACUACCUGGUGAAGAGACUAAACAUAACAACAGACGAUUACAACUUACUCGUAGCCAUUCCCGAAAAAGUGGAAAAGUUGUUCAUAACUAACAUGCUCAAUUGGGCAUUCAAGACUCAUCAAUUCGCAUCGAUAUCUUUUAUUUACAACUCUCUAGCGGCGUCCUACUACUACGGAUUGAAAACAGCCCUCGUUGUAGACUUAGGCGAAAGCGCAAGCAGAGUAUCCCCAGUAGCGGAAAAUCACGGGGUUUUUCUGGACAGCGCGAAGAACUGCGAAAUAGGAGGCCACCUAAUAACUAAAUACAUUUCCAAUUUUGUCAAAGCAAAGGAUAGCCACGUUGACUACACCCUUGUGCAAAAUUAUAAAGAGUUAAACAGUUACAUAAGCCUAGACAUUGACCGGAGCAUAAAAAUGAACAGCGAUUGUAAUGGCUUGUUGAAGCCUCAUAGAAUUCCAUACAGUAAUAUUUACAUAGACCCCAAGGCUGAAAUGUUAAGCCAUGAAAUUUAUUUUCAGCCUGAGUUUUUAGCGCACUUACCGGGAUAUUACUACAAGCAAAACGUAGUGCCAUUAAGUCAGCUAAUUUUCGAGUGUGUAUGUUCCUGUCCAAUGGAUUUACGAAAACAAUUGCUGAACAACAUUGUACUUGUUGGCGGUGUAUCAGAUUGUGUCAACAUGCACGAACGGUUACAUAAAGAGUUAGUCAAUAUAUUGCGGAUUAAAAAUUACAGCGAAAAUACAAAAGUGCACAUAAAAAAUGAAUGCAUGUCUAACAUAGCCGCUUACCUUGGCUGCAGAAAGUACGGGAAAGCCAUUUACCACAAUAAAAAUAAAUGGGUUACACGGGAGGAUUACUUCGCGACGGCUAACGCGAAGGUGGUACAUAGGCUUUUGAUGUGGGCUAACGUUUUGU